UGAUGGUUUCUCCCUCCCAUGAUCCUUCAGUCCUUCCAACAUGGCGGCUCCCUGUAAGCACGUAGGGCACUACUUCCAAAGAAACAGCCGCUUUAUACUCAAUAACUUGGAGCAGUCAUGGGGUCACAGGACUUUUGGCUGGACUUCAGCUCUGCAACAACAAGCUGCAGAAAACAUUAAAGAAACAUCAGAGACUAUCGUCAUCCCCAGGAAGAAAACAUGGAGCAAAGAAGCAGUACUGGAGGCUCUGUCUGCGACAGUCAGCAGGGAUCCAACGUCAUAUUCCUACCAGUUCCAGGAUGAUCCGUACCUCUCCCCCAGGACCUCCUCAGAGUUUAGGCUCUACUCUCUCGCCCAGGAGUCUGGAAGAUCUGCAGCCAAAUACUUUAUCAACAAUAAUCCAAAGUUCUUCAAGAAAGACUUCGCUGAGCCGCAUAUACCUUGUCUGAUGCCAGAGACUGUGUCACUGUGUCUGGAGGAGGUGAGUGAAGACGCUCUGAAGGAACGGAUCAAGUUGAGGAAAGUUAAAGCAGCUGUUGAAAUGUUUGAUCAGCUGCUGCAGGCCGGCUCACCUGUCUGUAUGGAAACCACUCAUGAUCUGUUGGACCUGAUCUGUCUGUACUGUGACAGCGACCCUGCAGAGGAAGGACCACAGACGGAGGACAUGGAGGCGAUGAAGAGAAAGAAAGGCAGAGUCCGUCGGUCGGCAGACAUCCUGAAGUCGACCUGGAGAGAAAACAACAACGCAGAACGAAUCUUUAACCUCCUCCCAGAGAGAGACACACGCUGCUACUCGGCUCUGAUCAGAGGCAUGGUGAAGCACGGAGCCUACACCAAGGCCUUCAGCGCAUACACUGACAUGCUGAACAACAGGCUGACUGCUGACAUCCACAUCUUCAAUGCCCUGAUCUUAGCGGCUCCAGAGGUCAAAGAGAAAUACAACGAGAGAUGGGACGGCAUCUCUGAGCUCUUGAAGCAGAUGAGUGAACAGAAGGUUCAGCCCAACCUGCUGACCUUCAACAGCGUCCUCAAAGCUCUGAAACGCUGCGGCUCUUUGGCCAGAGCUCAGUCAUCUCACACUCUGAACGAGAUGAAGGCUUUGGGAAUAGCUCCCAGCCUGGCCUCCUAUGAUCAUGUCCUGGCGAUCUUCUUCCAAGGAGCGUCUCGCCAGGCCAGCACUGACGUUCUCCAGGAGGUGAUAUCAGAGCUGGCAGGAAGCAGCUUCACCUGUCAGGACCCUGAUGACACUGUUUUCUUCCUCAGCGCCAUGAGAAUAUGUUUGGAUCUCAAAGACCUGGAGAUGGCUUAUAAGCUCCAGAGUCUGGUGGAGGUCGGAGAAAACUGGAGGCUUUUGGGAGAUUCCUACAAUCAGAGUAUUUACUACGGUCGUUUCUUCAGCCUGCUGUGUUUGAUGGAGCACAUCGACGUGGUGAUGAAGUGGUACAGACGACUCGUCCCCUCGCUUUAUUACCCGAACACUCAUGGUCUGAGGGACCUGCUGCAGGCUCUAGACACUGACAGCCGCCUGGACCUGCUGCCCUCUAUAUGGAAAGACAUCCGGACUCUAGGACACGAUAAUAAGGCUGAUGUUGUUGAGGAGCUGCUCGCCCUGAUGGCCAGAGACACACACAGUCCUGAGGUUCAGGAGUCCUUUGCAGCGUGUGCUCUGGAUGUAAGGAGUGUGUUUGACAGAGACAGAGUGAGGCCCGGCCUGGAGUGGAGCCCCGCCUCCCUCUCACACAUCACCUCCCUGCUGCUGCGGGCCAACAAGACCCAACAGGCCUGGGAGAUGCUGCAGCUUUUCAAAUCCAAGAACAGAGUUCCAGCUCAGGGUCUUUUGGAGGAGUUCCUGUCCGCGUGCUCCCCACAGAGAGCGGUGGAGCUGGUCCAGCUGUCUGCGACCUUCUGUCUGUCUGCUACACCAACACUGGCAACGCGAGCGCUGGCUGAGUUUGAUCUGACGGAGGAACAGAGGGCCGUGUUAUCUGAGCUGGAGUCAGCAGGAGAGUCCUCUGAGUGAAGGGGGGAAGGAACCACGAUGACACCAAUCCAUUCAUAUAAAGAUCUAACAUAGAAAGUCUACUGUAUUGUGUCCUGAACAUGUCUGUCUCAUAAAUAAAAUGCUUUGUGUUGUUUGUGAGGUAGAGGGA